UUUUGUGUUGUUUCAGUGUUUAUUCUGCUGCAUGUCUGAUAGUGAAGCUGCGACGCUGCAGCAUAGAAAAUAAUCCAAUCAGAGUUGUAAUCCAGUCUAAUCCCACCACAGCCAUGAAGAACAGAGAUCAUUUAGGCAGUGAAAGUGACAGACUGAGACGUGCAAAUACAGACAAAGAUGUUCAUGAUUUUAUAAUAUUUCUUUCGACUCUCAAUGAAUGACAGUGGAUGCAGCAUGCAGGGUUUACCUGGAGCUCCAUAGCAAAGCAGUAACGUUGUGUUAAAUAAAAUAUAAAGCAACGUGUCGACCCCCUACUGAGAAGAUCAGAUGUUUUGACAACUCACGUGGCUGGACAGGUGCAGACACAUUUGCAUAGGUCACCUGUUACUUUUAAGAAAAAGUUUUUGUGGGAAAGAACACAAGUGAGUACAAAAUGCUUGAUUUUACUGUUAUUCAGAUUUGCACUUUAUGUGUCAUAUGAAAGAACAGAUCAUAUCGUAAUGCAAGAUAAUGCACACUUGAAUGGAGCACACUCUCAGUCUUUUGUUGAAGUGUGACUGUGUUUGGAACUGGCUUCUAGGAUAGCACAGAGGCAUUAGAGAAGUGUUGCCAAAGAGUAUCUGCCUAUCCAUAAAUAUCAUGUAAUGUGUGCAUUUUAUAUUAGGGUGUGUUGUGUAAGGAUAUUUGUAUAGUCAGAUAAGUUUUGUGUUUGUGUGGUCCCCUUUGUACCUGUGUCUGUAUUAUUAAGAGUGUAUUUGUGUGCAUUUGUGUGUGAGGUUGCAAGGUGCUAAAGCUACGGUGUUGUCUUGUUACCCAGAGGAUCUCACAAAACGUGUAUUGCACAUUUGUAACACAUUGGAUUAUUUGAAUAAAGUUACCUUUUAAAGGUUUCUCAUGGGUUUAAUUUCACCUGCUUUUCUCUGUUUAACAGAUUAAAGUAACUAUUUUCUGAGUUUAGCACAAAUAGAGAUGGCAAGAUGACCUCAUCUACCAGAAUCCCCUCCCUGGUGAAUUUCAGCACUCAUAACUCCACCCACUCAUGUUUCAGUCCAACAGCUGCCACCUGGCUGUUUCUACGGCAACUGACUUGGCCACCUUCAUCAACACCUGAGAGAAAGAGAGAGGGGGACAUACAGACUCUGUCAGGAUGGGUUACGAUCUGGAGCGCUUUGUGGGUUACGUGAAUGAGGGUCUGCUAUGUUGCGUGUGUCGGGACGUGUUAGAAGAUCCUUUGCAGGCUCCCUGUGAACAUGCCUUCUGUAGCUCCUGCAUUCAUGGAUGGCUCAUCCACCAUAACAACUGUCCUGAGGACCGCUUACCUUUAGACAUCACACACCUUCGUCCAUUAUUCAGAUACAUGAGGAAUGAUUUAGCAAGGCUGCAGUUGAGGUGCGUGUUCCGGCCACAAGGUUGCGAGGUCAUAUGCGCCCUCGAGUCUGUUCAUAGACAUGAGCAACAGUGUGACUAUGCUCUACUGAAUUGCAGUAAUGCAGGUUGCCCGGUUCAGGUGUCCCGUCGCUCUCUGGAAGCUCACCUGUGUGUGUGUGAGUACAGCAGCAGAGUUUGCGCGAGUGGCUGUGGAUACACAAUCCUAAACACAGAGGAAGCCAAACACAACUGUGUAUCUGAGUUACGAGCCGAGCUGGACAUGCUCAGGGCAGAGUUGGACUGCAAAGUUGAGGAGGUGAGACAUGAAAUGGAAUCUCGUCUGGAUUCCCAAAGACGACACAUGGUGCAAAAAGAGAGUUUGCUGAGGAGUGAAGUAGAUGAGCUCAAGGGCCAGCUGUCCCAUGUGAUGUCAGAUGUCCGUGUUUUGCUGGGUGCUGAGAGAGCACGCAGACAAGAGCUGGAGAGGGCGGAGCUUGAGAAGGCAGAGCUUCUAGAACUUUUAAAGAAGGAGGGGCUUAGACCAGCCACACCCUCACAACCUGCAGAGAGCCCAAAAAAGCCAGGCCCACGCAGCCUAGCGUUGGACUGCAUCAAGAGAAAGAAUAGGGAGGUGACAGUCAUUUGAAGAUAUCGGGUGCUUCUCAACGCUGUAAAUCAGGACGAACAUUUUUCUUCCUGUAGGCCACAUUCUGCAGAACACACCUAAACCAGCAAACAAUUACUUGAAAACUGUUGAUUGGAAGUUGGAUGCCUGGCCAUUGGACAGUCAAUAUAGUCCCACCCCUUCUCCAAGAAUUACGCCAUGCACAGAGAUGCCGGUUUGAAGGAGGGUGGUAGUUUGUUUACGGCAAACUAAAUUGUGCAGUAAAGUGUAUGUUACAUUUCAUAUACUAGAUUUGUGGAAUUUGUAAAGCACAUC